AUCCACAAUUACACGGGGAAUGUUUUCCUAGAGAUGUCAGCCUACAAAGGACACAAUCUCUCUUCUUCAAAUUCCUCCCCAAAAUGUCCUUUCCCAACAGCUCUCCUGCUGCUAAUACUUUUUUAGUAGAUUCCUUGAUCAGUGCCUGCAGGAGUGACAGUUUUUAUUCGAGCAGCGCCAGCAUGUACAUGCCACCACCUAGCGCAGACAUGGGGACCUAUGGAAUGCAAACCUGUGGACUGCUCCCGUCUCUGGCCAAAAGAGAAGUGAACCACCAAAAUAUGGGUAUGAAUGUGCAUCCUUAUAUACCUCAAGUAGACAGUUGGACAGACCCGAACAGAUCUUGUCGAAUAGAGCAACCUGUUACACAGCAAGUCCCCACUUGCUCUUUCACCACCAACAUUAAAGAAGAAUCCAAUUGCUGCAUGUAUUCUGAUAAGCGCAACAAACUCAUUUCUGCCGAGGUCCCUUCGUACCAGAGGCUGGUCCCCGAGUCCUGUCCCGUUGAGAACCCCGAGGUUCCUGUCCCUGGAUAUUUUAGACUGAGUCAGACCUACGCCACCGGGAAAACCCAAGAGUACAAUAACAGCCCCGAAGGCAGCUCCACUGUCAUGCUCCAGCUCAACCCUCGUGGCGCGGCCAAGCCGCAGCUCUCCGCUGCCCAGCUGCAGAUGGAAAAGAAGAUGAAUGAAAACGUGAGCGGCCAGGAGCCCACCAAAGUCUCCCAGGUGGAGAGCCCUGAGGCCAAAGGCGGCCUUCCCGAAGAGAGGAGCUGCCUGGCUGAGGUCUCCGUGUCCAGUCCCGAAGUGCAGGAGAAGGAAAGCAAAGAGGAAAUCAAGUCUGAUACUCCAACCAGCAAUUGGCUUACUGCAAAGAGUGGCAGAAAGAAGAGGUGCCCUUACACUAAGCACCAAACGCUGGAAUUAGAAAAAGAGUUCUUGUUCAAUAUGUACCUCACCCGCGAGCGCCGCCUAGAGAUCAGUAAGAGCGUUAACCUCACCGACAGGCAGGUCAAGAUUUGGUUUCAAAACCGCCGAAUGAAACUCAAGAAGAUGAGCCGAGAGAACCGGAUCCGAGAACUGACCGCCAACCUCACCUUUUCUUAGGUCGGAGGGCCGGUGGGAGGCCAGGAUCAGAGAGGGGCACCGCGUUCCAGAGCCCAGUGCUGGAGGACUGGGAAGGUGGAAACAAAACCUUCAUUGCUCUUUGUUUUUUUGUUUUUGUUUUGUUUUGUUUUCCUGCUAGAAUGUGACUUUGGGGUCAUUCUGUUCGUGCUGCAAGUGAUCUGUAAUCCCUGAGUAUAUAUAUAUAUAUAUAUAUUAAAAAAACUU